GGCAUUUUAGCCUCCUUUUUGAAACCGUUAAACUUACGCGGGUUUUGUUACGAUUGUCGAAAUACACUCGGUUUCUACGAACCCUAGAAGCCAACGGCUGAUCUUGACAUUGUCGUCUGAUGGCUAUGGCAGGUUUGUAUAGGAGAGUUCUUCCAUCACCUCCUGCUAUUGAUUUCGCUUCUCCCGAAGGGAAGCAAUUGUUCAUAGAAGCUAUACAAGGUGGAACCAUGGAAGGCUUUUUUAAGUUAAUCUCUUACUUUCAGACACAAUCAGAACCUGCAUAUUGUGGAUUAGCUACCCUAGCCAUGGUCUUGAAUGCACUUUCUAUUGAUCCAGGAAGAAAAUGGAAAGGUCCUUGGAGAUGGUUUGAUGAGUCUAUGCUGGAUUGCUGUGAGCCUCUGGAAAAGGUUAAAGCUGAAGGCAUUUCCUUUGGGAAAGUUGUAUGCUUGGCUCAUUGUUCUGGAGCCAAAGUUGAAGCUUAUCGCACAAAUCAAAGCAAUAUUGAUGACUUUCGCAGGCAUGUAAUCGCGUGUUCCACUUCUGAUGAUUGUCAUUUGAUCUCAUCGUAUAACAGAGGGACUUUUAAACAGACAGGUAGUGGGCACUUUUCACCGAUUGGUGGUUAUCAUGCAGGAAGGGACAUGGUGUUAGUUUUGGAUGUUGCUCGUUUUAAGUAUCCUCCUCAUUGGGUCCCACUGACACUCCUGUGGGAAGCCAUGGAUACCAUCGAUGACUCAAGUGGAUUUCGUAGGGGAUUCAUGCUCAUAUCCAGGCUUCACAGAUCACCUGCACUUCUGUACACCCUGAGCUGUAAGCAUGAGAGCUGGAUCAAGAUUGCUGAGUAUUUGGUUGAAGAUGUUCCAAAAUUGUUAAGUUGUAAGGAUGUGAAAGAUGUGAAGGAUGUUCUUGCAAUUGUUUUCAAUUCUCUCCCAUCAAAGUUUCUUGAAUUCAUCAAGUGGGUUGCUGAAGUUAGGCGAAGAGAAGAUGCUGGUCAAACCCUAAGUCCAGAAGAAAAAGAAAGACUUGCUGUUAAGGAAGAGAUCUUGAAACAAGUACAAGAGAUUCGUCUACAUAAACACAUAGUCUGUGUUGCCAGGGUGCAGUUUGUCUCGGGAACAGUGACGAAUGGCAUUGAGGUACAACAAGUGGAUGUGCUUGUUCCUUCAUCUUUAGAAAUGCACCCUGCAACUAAUGAUGUCCUCACUGUGCUUUUACUGGCAUUGCCACCACAAACAUGGUUUGGGAUCAAAGAUGAGAAGCUUUUGCAGGACAUAAGUAGCCUUGUUUCAAUAGAUAGUCUUCCUACUCUGCUUCAAGAAGAGAUUAUGCACUUGCGUGGUCAACUCUACAUUCUGAAGCGAUGCAAAGAUGAAGAAACAGAGGAAGAUUUCGGUGCGCCGCUCAUUUAGCAUUCUUUAGAAGGUCAGAUCGGUCUUUUUGCAGAACCAGAUUCAACAAAAGUUGAAAAGGUUAGAUAUUUGAUAACUAAAAAGGAUACAAGUUGGGUCUCAUCAAAAUUGUAUUUUAAUAUUAUCUUUUUUUUUUUUCAAAAAAUGUUAGAUUAUUAUUAUUGGUAUAGUUUAUUAAACUAAAAAAAAAAAAAAAUAGUUAUUGAUGUGCCAAUGUGAUCGUAUACAUAAAAUUUAAUUGUUAUCUACCUUACAAGGUGCGAUCAUUUGAAGAUAGCUUUGGUUUGGAACGCAAAUAAAUUGUAACCUAUAGAAUGCCUAUAUAUGAUAUGAUGGUGGAUAUGGGAAUUUCAACAGGG